AUGUCAUCAAACCAUCGGACCUCGGAAGCCCCGACUUUUGUUUUCGACAUGCUCAUAAUGUUUGGGAAACCCUAUGUCUGUUUGGGCUGCAGGCGCACACUGUCAAGGCCUAUUUUGCGAUCACAGACCCAAUUAAUAUUCGGAUAUCCUUCAUUGCUACUCCCGCGGCGCAAGGAAUUCUUCUCAUCUGGCACCCACCUGAACCAAUCUAGAGGACAAGCCAGCAAUCAUCCCACCGAGACUCACCCGGAUUCGCAAAACCAACGACGAAGAGGAAGUAGGUCGCCAGCAGCUCCCACAUCAUUGCGGAGAGUAGCAGUGGAAGCACAAAGGUCGAAGGAUGGGUUCAUCUCCAAAGCGUUGCUACGAGAGCAGGGACUAAAUGGAACCAAGACAGUAACUGCGUACGCCGUGGCCGAACAAUUCGACAUUCGCCGGGUCCGAGACAUCUUGCAAGAAAAAGGAUAUGAACCAGAUCCAUUGGAGACCGGGCUCUUCCCACAAGUUGUGCAUGUUCAAAUCCCUAUAGACUCCAUUCGGCGCGUUACAAACCCGUCCAGUACAGACCUACCAUCUGACGAGGUGGGCGAUGUUUUUGUAUUUCCGUCUGGCACAGUGGUGGCAUGGUCGCUACCGGAAGGCUUUACGUCAUUCCUAGCCACGCGAACUCUUCUGCCCGCGGCAGAGGGUGCUCACAUAGAUGAGCUGGAAACCGAAGAUCUCGAGUUCGUCGAGGACCCAAACAGGGACAACAGUGUCAUCAAAGGGGACACAAUCAUCCUGGGAACCAACUCUGAACAGAAAGAAGGAUUGCCAGCCACGCAUCAAUCUGUUGACACCGUUUUGACGAAGGUCGCAUUUUCAUCUGGUCUCGCCCGCAGCACGAAGUUGGCGGUUCUUGAAAGCCUGCUUUCUAACUAUUUUGAGUCAACUCGGCCGAUACCAACUCUUCUGUCUCAAGGGUCUCGCCUUCCCUUCACGCGAGACUUCAUUCUGCGGAAAACCGGACAACUUCUCAGUGUCCGGGCGCAACUCAACCUCUACUCCGAGCUUACAGACUCUCUUCCCGACAUUUUUUGGGAUAGUCGGCAUGAGCUUGGACUAGAGGGAUACUAUGAGCAAGCAGGACGGGCUUUGGAUGUGGGCAUACGCAUCAAGCUCUUGAAUGAGAAGAUGGACUAUGCACAAGAGAUCGCAAGUGUACUCCGUGAGCGUCUAAGUGAGACACAUGGCCUCAGACUUGAGUGGAUCAUCAUUCUCCUCAUCGCAGUGGAAGUCGGAUUUGAGGUCAUGCGGUUGUGGAAGGAGAGGGCUCACGAACACGAGAAUGCACGAAAGAGCGAGCUGCAAUGCUGA